GCGUCCCUAAAAUGACCAAAUUGACCUUAAUAGUUUUCUACUAAAUUGUUAUAAGCAUUCAACAGAAGACUAGAAAUUUGAGUUGUAAGAAGUAUGAAGUUCUUAGCUGAUUUUCUUUCGUGUUAUAGUGGUUGUGUUGGUGAUAAUAAUUGUCCCAAAAUUGAGUCAUGUUCUCUUGUUCAAGUAACAUGCCUAGAGGAAAAUACUACUUGCAGGGCUCGAAAAUUGACUCGUAAAAAUUCAUCAUCAAAGGGAUUGUGGCAGCCAUCUCUAUACACCAUUUCUGAAAAUGAUACCAUCAAAGCACAAGAAGGGAUCAAAGCCAGCACCAAGAAGAUGAAAAGUUAUAGACGACCAAAAACCAAUUCUCAAGCUUGUUAUUACAAUGAUCUGAGGGUACAAGCUCAGUUUCAGACAAGUAUUAUGGCACUGUCGGCAGUAACCUUCGUGUUUUGAUCUCCUUUUCUAGUUACAGUUUCAUAUGAGAUAUUCGUGUGGAACGACAUUAGUGUCAUGAUAAAUACAUCAAUGGAUGAAAUAUGUUUAAUUGUCCUUCAGUUUAUGAUAGAAUCAAUCAGCAGAGCAAGUCUUA